AUGGCUUUCUUCUCGCCCCAGACUGCCCGUCCUCCUCCGGUGGGCUCGGGCAUAUUUGCGGCCUUUGCCGUCGUUUCCAUCUUCUUCCUCGUUCUCCUCCUCCUCAGACACUACCUACCCUUGCGGAGCACGCCAGCGUACCUCGCCCUGCCCGUGUUCCUGGCCCUUGCUCUUCCUGCAAGCGUCAUUCUCUUGGUCCCCAUCGAUCUCACUUCGAGCACGUCCGGCAGCUCCCCGUCAGGAAUAUGGCUUCCGUCCCGCGUGAUGCUUGUCUCCUGGCGGAUAACCUACUGGCUUACAUUCGUUCUCACAUGGCUGAUUCUCCCUCUACUUGGCGAAUACGUUGAUUCGGGACAUCGGACACCGAAAGCCAGAAUCGCCUACUCCCUCCGAUCGAACGCCCGCUACCAACUCCUUAUGUUGUCCUGUGGCAUAGUCGGCCUUGUAUACGUUUUGAUCCAGAAUGGCUUUAGGUUUAGCUCCCUGAAGAGUCUUGUCAUGGCCUUGGCAUACGUUUGGGGCUUGGUUCUGGCUAUCUAUCUCAUGGGCCACGGUCUCGUGGCUAUACCGAGGGGUCUCUGGAGAAACGUAAACCCAGGCAAUAGGCUACGGCGUCUUCAGUCCCGGGCUCCCCUGAUAUACGAUCGCUUGAUCGAUGCUAAAUCCAGCCUUGAAGAUAUUAGAGCCCAAGUGAGCCAGCUGGAGAGGCGCAAAACGAGCGUGCCAUUAGACCUGCAGGACUGGAUAGACGAUCUGGUGGAAGGCGCAGAUUUCCCAGGGGCCCGACCCCCUCAGUUGGCUCUAGCCGAUGCAUCAAGGUCCACCGGCCCCGUCGUUAUCACGGAGAGAUACCUGGCGGAGCUUACGAGAAAUCUGAACCGCGCGCGCCAUAAGAAUGCCCGCUUCACAGACGCUUGGAGUCGACUUGUGCAGGAAGCAGCCGAUUGCCAGGCGAUCAUCGAUUCUUCAACCUCAAAACACCUCGAAUUCAGCCGGUACACGUCGCAUUCUACUCUUUCCCACCGCCGUUCACUGCUGACUCCAUACCUUCGCCACGUGCUCCAUUUCCAUGUCCUUCCGGCGGUCCGAAUCGUAUGCGCUGGUCUCUUUUCAAUCGCAUCCGCCUGCAUUGUUUGGUCAGAAUUUGUCAAAUCAUUUGCACCCAGCAUCUCGAUUGUCAGUUUGAGUGUCACCCACGCCUAUCAUGGUACGGCGACAGUUAGUUUUCUCGGCCAGAUGGUGGCCUCGGGCUGGCUGCUCUAUAUGUGUUCGGCCGCUUUCGCCGGCGUAACUGACACAAAAGUCUGGGGCAACCGCGCUCUUGUGCGGCGAAACACCUACGGCGAGAGUGCCUGCUGGUACGCCGGCCUGAUAGCCAGGCUCACCGUUCCCUUGGCGUACAACUUCCUUACUCUCCUCUCCCGGGACGUUCAACAUCAGACCACUUUUUACGACUUCCUCGGCCGCUUUAUCGAUCUAACUCCGCUUGGGAAGGGAUUCGACUAUUUCUUUCCGAUCUUCAUACUGGUUCCUGUCGCCGCCACACUGUUCAACAUGUACGGCAAGGUCAGAAACGCCUUGGGAUUCGGAUUACUCGAGGGCGAGGACAGCGCUGCGGAUGACCCUACCGGCGUUGGGAUCGGUACGUGGCGUGAAGGCCGCGAGUUGAUCAACCAAGAGCUGAGCGGUCCGGGGUUUCUUGGGCUCUCUUCUCGUUCAGCCGUCCCCGGCAAUCGGUACACCGAUUCUGGUGAUAACGGUCAUACCAUCCCGCGUCGAGGUCCUACAUUACGAGUUCCCCCCUCACACAGAUCAUCCAGUAGUCUGCCGCAGUACGAAUACUCUGCUACGAGCAGGGGCAUAAACGUUCACCAGCCGGUUUCGGACGACGAAGAUGAUGAGAGUCCCUUCCAGUCGUUCGUCCAUAGGGUUAAGAAUACGUUUGAGACGGCUGGCAAGCCAAAGUGGCUCCAGCGUGUGGAUUCCGAGCUCAGACGGCCGAGGUGGAUGCGCGGUGACCAUGACAACGACAACGACGACGACGACGACGAUGUGGAGGAGCAAGGUCGAGGCUCGGGGAAUUCAAGCGGGCUGAACCGGUUAUUUGGUCCCUAG